CAGGACAAGACCUCAAGCGCCACACAAAGGAUUGUAAAACACUUUUGAAAUAAACAGUAACAGAUUGGUGCCAUGUCUCCUGUGGUGAAAAUGACAUGGAUAGCUGUGCUUUGUGUGGGGAUGGUAGUCAAGCUGGGUGUCUCUCUGGAAGAGGGCACAGAGCCGACUGAGCAGGACAGCAGUGAACCCUGCGCCCGCUGGAUGAGGGGUGUUGGUGGCACACCUGGGUUUGAUGGCAUCCCUGGGCGAGACGGACGUGAUGGUCGUGAGGGGGAGAAGGGAGAAGUAGCUGCUCCAGCCUCCGAGGGGCCUAAAGGAGAGGCUGGUGAGCCAGGGGAUGAGGGGUCGAGAGGGAAAAUAGGAUUUCCUGGAAACCCGGGUCUGAAAGGAGAGAAUGGAGAGAGUUCUUUUCCCUACCACUCAGCUUUUAGUAUGGGAGUCACCGGUAAAGUCAGCACCGACAGUGGAGCGGCCAUCCGCUUCACUAAGACCUUCUACAACGAGCAACAUCACUAUGAUGAGAUCUCUGGAAAGUUUCGCUGCGCCGUCCCUGGGAUCUACUACUUCACUUAUCAUCUCACCAUCCGCGGGGAAGAGACCAAAGUAGCCUUGUUUCAAAACGGCAAGACUGUGGCUUUUACUCUUGACCAGUUUCACAGCGGAAAUGUGGAUCAGGCCUCAGGAGGGGCCAUUUUAAAUCUGGCAGCUGGAGAUGAGGUUUGGCUACAGCUGUAUGGUGAAGAUGCAUUUGAUGCAGGAAUUUACGCUGAUAACAACAAUGAUUCAACCUUCACUGGCUUCCUAUUGACUCCUAAAAUUCUAAGCAACCCAUUUGACAACCGCAGGCGCUAAAAUCCACCUCUUUCAGUCUGAGGCUAGUUAUCACAUGGCGAAGAUAUCACAAACUAUAUUUAAGUGACUUUGAAGUUUUAGGUCAAUUGUAUGAAUUCUUAGAAAUGCUUGUUUUGUGUUGCAGUUGUUUUGUUGUGUAUUCUAUAGCCAUAAGGAACAAAUAAAGAGCUCACUCGUAUUUGACCUGUAAUCAUCAUGUCUGCUUGUAUGGUGUGGA